AUGCAGUCACUACCGCAGGUCUACAAUGACCACCACAAGGCCAUUCUCUAUGGUUCGGCGGCGGCUGUCCGCAUACUCGCCGCUGUCGCAUUUCCCGGCCUGCCAGAUACCUUGUCUCUGCGAGCCGAGCUAGCAACACCCGUCAACAGCUUCAAGCGACUGCAAGAAGGCCUCUUCCUCUACCAACGAGGGCUCGAUCCCUACAAUGGCGGCAUCUUUCACCAGGCUCCGCUCUUGCUUCCAUUGUUCUCAUUGCUGCCUUCACCGGCAUUCGCCUCUGGCACGCUGUUAAGCGUCCUGUUAUAUACCGGCCUUGACCUCCUGGUGGCCGAGUGUCUUUACUAUAUUGCGCAGUCAGGUGCCGCGUACAUAUCCCGGCGUUACAGAUCACCACGACACGACCGUACAUGGACCCCCGCUUCCGUCGCAGCAAUUUACCUAUUCAAUCCCUAUACGCUGCUCACGUGUCUCGCCCGGCCCACGAGCGUCUUCGCUACCUUCUUCACCCUGCUCAGCGUUAGUCAUGCCUGCCAAGCGCGAACGGCGACUGCGGCUUUCGCGCUGGCCAUAGCCAGCUACAUCAGCUUACAUCCCGCCCUGCUGCUUCCGCCAGUCGGACUACUUUGCUACGACAGGCUCUGUCUGCUACAGCAUCAAGGACGUGAUGCUACGUCCAACGGCGCUGCCAUCGAAAAGCCAACAUCGACGAAGAUUGCUCACGACCAACGCUUACAAGCUCGACCCCUCGAACUCACCCUCCGGUUCUCGGGCAUCUACCUCGCUACCUUCCUUCUACUCCUCACGCUCUCCCGUCUCCUCUUACCAAGCUGGUCCUUCAUGCCCUCCGUCUACCUCACUCCUCUCACCCUACCCGACCUCACUCCCAACUCCGGCCUAUGGUGGUACUUCUUCACGGAAAUGUUCGAUGCCUUUCGCUCUUUCUUCCUGGGCGUCUUCUGGCUGCACAUGCUCUCCUACAGCGUCCCUUUCUGCCUGCGUUUGAACAGACAACCGCUGGCGGCAGUGGUGUUGAUCAUGGGCGUGCUGGCCAUCUUCGAACCGUACGCCAACGCCGGCGACGCAGGGGUAUGGCUGAGCUGUCUUUGCCUCCUGAGUCAUUUGUUUGAACUCUCAUCCUCACAUCGCUACACCUUCCCAGCGCUCGCGACACUGCUGUACGCCACUCUGCUUGGACCGGCGUUCCACCAUUUGUGGAUAUAUGCCGGCUCCGGCAAUGCCAACUUCUUCUACGCCAUCACGUUGGUUUGGAGUCUGGCGUUGCUGGUAUUGCUUGCGGACACGCUAUACGCAGCAUUGAGGGAUGAAUAUGAAGCGGAGGUACCCGAGGCGAAGGGGAGGGAGAUUAGGCAAGUUUGA